AUGAACACCCGGCCAGUUCUCGAUCCGACUCAACAGCCCUUUGCGUUGGCUGCUGCGUUCAAUGGUGACAACAAAUUCUUCUCCGUUGCACACGAGCACGGCUUCAAAGACCUGAGCGGCGGCAUCGGCUGCGCGGACAUGGUUGGCACUACCAACUACAUCAUCCUGGCCGGAGGAGGCAGGUCGCCGCACUUUCCGUCGAACAAGAUCCAAAUCUGGAAUGACCAAAUACAACAGGUCUCUGGCUCGCUCGAGUUGAAGGCACCCGUGCUCCGCGUUCGCGCCUCCAAGGAUUUUCUAGUCGUGGUCUUACCUUUCCAAGUCAUCACAUACAAGUUAGGGAAUCCUCCCCAGAAGAUCCAUCCGUACGAUACAGUGGAAAACCCGUAUGGACUGUGUUCUUUCGAGGAGAACAUCGUGGCCAUGCCCGGCGCAAACGCUGGCCAGGUUAGGAUCGUCAGGCUGGUCGAUGGCAAUCUCAAUCCGCGCGUUACUCUCAUCCCGGCGCACACCACCCAUCUGCGCGCCGUUGCGUUAAACAAAAAAGCUGACAUGGUGGCUACCGCGAGCGAGAAAGGGACAAUCAUCCGACUGUGGGCCGUCGAAUCCGGCACGAAGAUCGGCGAAUUCCGCCGUGGAAUAGACGAAGCUGCUAUUUUCUCCCUGGCAUUUUCGCCGCGUGACAAUAUGCUUGCUGUAACGUCAGACAAGUCCACCGUACACAUCUUCGACGUCCCAAAUGGCGCCCAGACGGCUGCAGAUAUAAACUACAAGACGCACAAGUACGGCAUCCUUGCCAAACUUCCACUCCUCCCACGUCAGUUCUCCGACACCUACUCCAGCGCCUCAACGCAUUUCGAAAUGGGUGAUGAAUUGGGAGGGUGGAGCCCACAGUCAAAGGCUGCCACAAAGGAGGUUCUUAGGAAGUUCUCUCCGGAACGAGUUCCUACGAAGGGUCUCCUUGGGUGGGUGACUGAUAAUGAGCUCCUGGUCAUUGGUGCUGGCCAAGAUGCGCGGUGGGAGAAAUUUGCUGUAGGUGUCACCGACGAGGGACAGAAGUACAUUCAAAGCAUAGCAUGGAAGAGAUAUCUGGACUGA